AACAGACGACUGGGAGCCGAUUACUUCCAUUUCGCUCGAAGCAGUGAAGGUUCUCGUUCAGCGGUGUUUCUUUCCAAUAAACAUUUUCAUUUCUUUCUCGCACAAAAAGGUGUCGGAGAAUAGCUUCAACUCAAAGUAUUUGGACGAUGACGAUGAGGACGAUGCGAUUGCUGCCUCUGAGGGCAAAGUUUCGAGCCAGGUGGCCAAGCGCAUCUGGCAGCCAACCAUCGAUGAUACUACCCCUGGGGUCUGGGAGCCGCCCGAGAAGCCCCUGCCCCACGUGGAGGAGGAUGCUCCGAUGAGUGCCGAGGCCCUGGCGGAGGCUCUAGCGGUGAGCGAGACCGCCUCGGACUUUAUACACGAAGUGGAGCGCUCUCUCUACGGCGACAACAGCAAGGAGAACGGCUCCGCCCAGUACUUCAAGGCGGCCGAGAAUUAUUCGCUGUUUGGCGCCAACUACAUGGGCUUGGAGGAGGACAAAAACAAAAAACCGCCGCCGGGCUUCGACCAAAGCUCCAGUCAGAUUGCGGCUGGAUCGGCCGGAGUAUCCGGCCAAAGCUACUCGGGGGGACCCUCUUCAUCCGGAAUGGGCGGCAUGGCAAUGUCCCAGCAGCCGCAGCACAAGGCCGCGAAUCAGCCAGGACCUGCAGCGCUGCUUCCACAGCAGCAGCAGCAUCCGCGUCAUCCUUCGCCAGCGACAGUGCCCAGGGUCAUAGCCGAGGCAGCAGCUCUGGCUGGAGCUGGAGCUGGCAUCGACAUUGGCCUGCACGCCCAUGGACAUCUGCCCAGUGCCACGGAAAUGGCCAUCGGACACAUUUACCAGGAGCUCAUGGGCAUGAAUUUCAAUCAGGCCAAUAAACAGCAGCAGCAGCAGCAACACCACCACCAGCAGCAGCAGCAGCACCACCAGCAGCAGCAGCAGCAGCACCACCACCAGCAGCAGCAGCAGGCGGCUCUGAAGCAGCAGGCGGCUCUGAAGCAGCAGGCGGCUCUGAAGCAGCAGGCCGCUCUCCUCUCCUACGGCCAAAAGGCCGUAACAGCAACUGGCAUAGUCCCUGACCCACGCGACGUAUGUUCUCAAAGCGGUGUUUCUUGCGUAUCGUGCCCGUUUGCGUCGCCAGGUCCACUUCUGGGACAACUAGAGUACGGCCAGGACAUUACACUCCACACCCACAGAUUAGAUGACUAGUUUUAAAAUA